AUGAACCGUCUCUCCCUUAUCACUCGCCAUCUCUCCCAGAUUCCCAAACCCGGAUAUACUCGCACAACCCACCGAGCCAUCUCAACUACAACAUCCCGAACCAUGCCCCAAUACACCGGAUCCUGCUAUUGCCGCAACAUCAAGUACGAAAUAUCGCUUGACUCCCCAGACGAUGCACGAACCUCCCUCUGCCACUGUUCGAACUGUAAAAAAGCAUUCGGAACAAACUACGGCUUAACCGCCAAGAUCCCUAAGGAUGCAUUUAGACUGACCGCUGGGAAACCCAAGGAGCAUGUUGGCGAUAACGGGUCCGGGUCGUUACUGCACCGGGAAUUUUGCGAUAAUUGUGGGAGUUUCAUUCUUGAAUACGGGGAUGCGGUCAAGGACCAGGCGCGGUAUAUCUGCGUUGGGACUCUAGAUGAUCCGGAGGCGUUGCCGCCCAAGGGGGAGUUUUUCUGUAGUUCGAGGGCGAGCUGGAUGCCUGAGAUUCCGAAUGUGUUUCAUAAGCAAAAGAUCAAGGAGUAG